AUGUCAGGUAGUGAUACAUACAACGACAGCAGACCGUCUUGGACAGCUCAUAUAGAAACUGAUACGGAAGAACCAGCUAUCAAGUUGGAAUCUGACACAUUAGACGGUGCAUUUGAACUCUUGGCUCAAGCGCAUCCUGAUUGCCGCUUCGAUCCCCAAAUCGCUAUAGGUUCAAAGCGAAAAAGAGAGCAAGGUGGCAUGGAUCAAGUCUACUCUACCAGCGACGCACAAUAUCUUAAUUAUCCAGCCAAAGGAGAGGAUGUUGAUGAAGCCACUGUAAAAGGAGAGCCAGUAACUAUGAAUCAACCGGACGCGGUGGUGCAGGAGAGCGCAACGAUUCAAGAAGCUGAUGAGGAUGCUACUGCAGACGAACACUAUUGCCGCGGACGCAACGACAAUAUACCAACGGACACCCGAUUCAUCCAAUACGUCUUCAGAAAUCACUCGGAGGAAGGUAUCAAAAGCGUUCACUGUAAACCAGAUAUCGAUGACCCUGACAACGUAUGCAACGCUUGUGAGAGACGCUUUGAGACGAGGGCCGGGUAUGUUGCACAUUUACGACGGACACAUCACUUCAACACUCAGAAUGUGGAUCAGCAACAAUUUGAAAGCUCUACAAAGACAAGUUAUUACUGCUGCGGUUGCAAUCAAUACAUGAAGGAUCAAGUGUCAUUCAGGAAGCACGUCUUAACAGCCCAUUGUGAAAGCCGAAUCAAGCAUUUCCACUUGAAGCCAGAUGUUAACGACCCCAAUUGGUAUUGCAAUGCCUGUGAAAGACACUUUGCAUCAAGACUGCAGUAUACAGGGCAUUUACGAGCAAUUCAUAAACUGAUAAGAAUAACAAUGUUGGAAAACGUCGACCAGCUGGAAGCAGAGCCUAAUCAUUAUUGUUGCGGGUGCAACAAAUACUUACCAGAUGGAAGAGCGCUAAAAAGGCACAUUAAAACAGCUCAUUCAAAGACGAAGAUCAGACAUUUUAGCUUGAAGCCAGAUGUGCAUGAUCCCAACUAUUACUGCAAGGCUUGUGAACGUAGAUAUGGCACACGACUUUUAUUCAAAAAGCAUUUAAGAUUAACUCACAAAAUGGUUCUUGCACAGCCAACGCAAAACCAACUCCCAAUUCCAGUGAUGAGCUCUCCAACAGAGCCAGUAUACUAUUGCAAUGCGUGUAAUUUGUCGAUCAAAGAAUACAUGAAUUACUUGACACACAUCAGAUCUCAUCACUCAAAACUCGGGAUCAAACAUAUCACUGCCAAGCCAGACAUCUAUGAACCAAACUACUAUUGCAAGGCGUGCGAAAUGGCCUAUUCUUCCAAAAGGAAAUAUAGAACCCAUUUGCGGAGUAUUCACAAUAUCACUGUCAGAAAAAUUACAGCUCAAAUUCCAGCCGUCAACACCACAGAAUCAGAGUACUACUGCAGUGCAUGUAACACAACUGUAUUCGAUUAUUCGACUUAUGUGGCGCAUAUCACAACUCAGCAUCCGAGAUCCAGAAUCAAGCAUUUCCAUGUCAAGCCAGAUAUUCAUGACCCUAACUAUUAUUGUAGUGCUUGCGAGAAAACCUAUCCAUCAAAGAGUUCCUACAAGUCCCAUUUUACAGUAAUUCACAAUAUUCUGGUAGAUUCUAAACAAAACGAGCAACAACAUCCGACAUCAACAUACUUUAUCGCGGGCGAUCAUUCGAACCCGGUAUCUAAUAAAAUAGAGGCUCAUUCAAGCAUAUCGGGUCAUGAUAGUCUAUUAUUACAGUCAGCAGAUGCAACAAAAAUAGCAGCGCCUUCUGAUGCAUUACAGACCGCCCUUGAUAUGGGUACGGCACCCGAGCAGCAAGAGAGAGGCGGCAAUGGCAAGAUGAGAACCGACCUACACAAAGCAAAAAACUACUGUCAUUACUGCGAAAUGCAAUGUGAGGACCAAGACAAAUUUAGGACGCAUUUGCGCGAACUACACAACUUUAUUACAACAAGAUCAAGAGGCAUCAUAUUCAAUACAUCCUUGCCAAAAUCUAAACCAGUCGCUUUUCCUACAAAGAAGAAAAGUCUGCUACCACCUUUGGAACAUUUUAAGCCAUUUGGCAAGAAAAGAAGCAAGAUAAAGCCGCAAGGUACAAGCAAACUACCAAACCUAAAUUCAAACAGCAAUGAUUACAAGUGUGAUGUCUGCAACAGCUUGUUCAAAUACAAGUCAGCCUUGAGACAGCAUCUUACAAGUGUUCAUCAAAUGCAACUUGUUCCCAUACGCUAUAAACGCAAUCCAAAAGUUAUUCUUCGAGUUUUCCACAAAAGAUCAAAAUACAACAAGCAGCAAGCUGCUUAA